GGGAAGAGGCAGACAGGGGACAUGUGGGGGGAAUAGACAGAGGGAAGGGGCAGACAGGGGACAUGUGGGGAAAACAGAGGGGGAGGGGCAGACAAGGCUCCAGACAGGAGACAAGUGGGUUCAGUCAGGGCGAGGAGAAGCGGAUGGGGAUCAGACAGAUGUCAUGAGUGGAGGGAAGUCAGGCAGAGGACAAGGAAAGGAAGAGGGGAAAAGAGACAGGAAUAGACAGGUUCAAAUACAUGAAGGGUUGUUACAAGGAGGAUGGAGAAAAAUGGUUCUUCUUGGCCUCAGAGGAUAGGACAAGAAGCAAUGGGCUUAAAUUUCAGCAAGGGAGGUUUAGGUUGGACAUUAGGAAAAACUUCCUACCUGUCAGGGUGGUGAAGCACUGGAAUAAAUUGCCCAGGGAGGUUGUGGAAUCUCCAUCAUUGAGGAUUUUUAAGAGCAGGUUGGACACACACCUGUCAGGGAUGGUCUAGACAAUACUUAGUUCUGCCUUGAGUGCAGAGGACCUCUCGAGGUCCCUUCCAGUCCUAUGAUUCUAUGAGGUUACAAGAAAGGGAGGAGGCCAGACAGAGGGCAAAGAGGGAGCAAAGUGGGCAAUCAGGGCUUGUAAGGGAGGAGGAGAAGGGAACAGAGAGCAGUGAAGGGCCAGACAGGAACAGGAUGAGGGAGAAGCAGGUGUCAAAAUAGGCAAACAGUCAAAAUAGGGCUGUUUUUUACAGGGGGGUUGGGGAAUCAGAUGUGGGACAAGGAGGGGAACAUGUGCAUCAGAGAGAGGGGAGGGAGAUAGGGGAGAGGGGUCAGAGGCAAGGGUGAUGGGGCUACUCAGAGAGUAGGACGGAAAGCUAAACUAAUCCUGAACCCAGAGAAUGUGUGUGUGGGUGCUGGGGGGAGGUAGAAAUUGGGGGCUGGAUCGACAGGACCAAUGCAGGUUGAGUUUUCCUCCCUCUCCUCCACUAUGUUUCAUUGGGGCUGGAAGCUGUGGUGAUGAGAGCCAAUGUCUGGUGGUGUAACUGACCUGCAAGCUCUGCAGAGCCACCUCCAGGCCAUGGAGCAAGGGACAGGAGAUGGCAAGCAGCCAGACGAUCACCCACUGUACAAACUAUCUGAGCCUGGGCUGGACGGUGCUGCUCUCUGCAGCCCUGACUUCCAGCAGCCCCAGGAGCUGGAGCUCCAGGAGUCCCGAGGACAUGCCCCCCCAGAAUGUACCAGCGCCCAAUCCCAUGGAGCCCUGAGCAGCCUUGGGAGGCCCAGCCACUCUCUGCUGUGCGUGGAAGAGGAGGUCAAGAACCGGAAAAGACCCAGGCUCUCCAAUGGACCCGAGGCCAGUCCUAGCCUUGUCUCUCACUUCCGUCGUGCGCUGAGCGGGCCACAGCCCCAGGGCCCAUCCCCCUUUGGACACAUCCUUCAGAGCAAUAGCCUGGAUCUCCACAGCAGACGUCCCCAGGACGGGCUGCCACACACCAGGACUCUGGACAAUCCCAGAGCCACGCAUUCUGGGGCCUCGGUGCUCUACAGGCCCAGCCCAGAGCCACUGGAGUCUCCAUCCCUGAAUUACGGACUCGAGGAUUGCUGCCCAUGGAGCGGCCGAGCUCCCUCAGGAGGCAGCAGCAUUAGCAGCCAAGCGAGCAAGGUGACGGGUCUAUACGCCGAGCUGGUCAAGGAGCUGGAGCUGCAGAUGGCCGAGCUGCGGAAUCUCCUCGCCUCUCGGGAAGAGGCCGCCAUGUGGCAGGAGAGGAGGAUCAAGGAGCUGGAGCUGGAGAACCAGCAGCUGAAGAGCCAGCUGCGGAACCUAGAGGAGCAGAACGACCUCCUCUCCAGCAGGAACGGGGCAGGGGCAGCGGCAGCCAGGACAGUGCUGCGGUCCGGAAACAGCUGUGUUGACAUCAACGAGAGCAACAUCCAGUUCCUGAAGGGCCUGGUGGGGCUGCUGGAGAGCAACACGGCGUUGCAGGCCAAUGGCCUCCAGCCAUUCUCCUCUCCCAAUAUGGGGGAGCAGAGGUGCACCCCAGCUGAGGUCCCCAAAAGCCCCCCGGUCUGGAGGAUGCGAGCUGGGGUCCCAAGCAGCUUCCCACCCUGGAUCAGCACAGAGGACAGCUCGGGGAGCCCCGUCACGCUCAGUGAUGCCACCUGCUUAUGGGAGGAGAACGUACAAGAUAUGCUGCCCGAUGGCACCCCAGUGUGGGCAUCACCUGUGGAGGAGAAUGGGAGGCCCAAGCUGGAGCUGAUCCCCAACUCGGGGGUCUACAUCACCCACAACCAGCUGGACGACCUCUCGCAGGUUUCCACCGACAAGCCCAAGCUGAUGACCAGGCGCCUGCUGGAUUACUUCUUCUCCCGGGAGACGCUCGCCAGAUCUUCGGCCACCGGCCAGCGCAUUGCCCACAACAACACGACCAUGGAGAAACCCAUCCGCCUGCCGGUCGCUGUGGUAAAUGCUAUCAAAGAGUACGUCACCAAAGUGUGCGGCAAGAGCUGCAACUUCAACGCCGUGAUCAACAGCAAGUGUGGCACCUCCCGGAGGGCGGUCAAAAAAAUGAUCAUCAAAAUGGAGUAGACGGCAACGUCCAUCGAGACAACGGCGAACCAGCUGCCAGCUCCCAAGACGCUCCUCAGAGGAUCCAUCGCCCCCUACUCCGACGUACGCUGGCGGGAGAUCGACACAGCGGUGCUGGUGGCCCAGGUCCCCUCCCACACAGCUGCAUUGGGGGUGAGCAUGGUGGAGGUAACGCACCCCUCCCAGCAGACGUUACGGGGGCAGCCGUGGUGCAGUUUAGUACAUGCACCACAAGGCCUGAAGCGCCUGCUGUGUGGCCGUCCUGGGGCAUUCAGUCCUAGCAUACAGACCUCGGUGCGUGCAUUCCUGGGGAGGGGAGACUUAACGCCUUCUAAGGAAGCAUCUGGGAUCUGCCGCGCCUGGGGGAGAAGAGAGCUGGCGGGUACGUUCUGGCGCAAGAGUUCUGACGUUCCGUUCUAACGAGUCCCUGAGGAGGGAGGGUUGAUCCCAACUGGGACGCUGCACUCACCCAUGGGAAAUCUCGGUCCUCUUUCAAAACUUGUCAGCUCCAGUCAGGAAUCCCGGCUCCGUGACGCUGAACAUUAACACUGCGGCCCUCUCCUCCGCCUGUGGGCAAACUCUUCUCCCCUCACAUCGGACUGGAAGAGGGACAAUGCUGGCAGUGGAACGGGGCCCAGGCUGCAGUCACGGCACUGGACUCUGGCCAGAGCAGGGGAACUUCUGCUUUGAAACAGUUCUUACCAGACUGUUUAACCGACCGGGCCUGUAGAUGAACUCAGAGCCUUAGUCUUUGGAGUGGGGGGGGGGAUUUCAUCUCCCUCCCACAGGGCAAGGUCUGCUCUCCUGCAGAGGCUCACGGUGCGGCUCAAAAAGCAAUUUCUCUGCUCAUUGUAGGUGUAAUAAUUUAACUGUGGGCGAGGCAUUAUUCCCCCCCCCCCCCCGUAAAGAAAGUUCCCAUAAAUAUUUGUUCUUGUAAAUAAAAUAAUCUUUCCUCUCCCCUCAACUUCCCUAAUAAAGGUUGGAAUGUA